AUGAUUGAGGAGAAUCCAAGACAGUGGCAUGUAUUGCUGUCAGAAGCAGUAUGGGCGAAUAGGACCAGCCAGAAAUCGACCACCGGAACUUUGCCUUUCAGGAUGGUGUAUGGGUACGAUGCGAUGUUGCCAAUGGAGCUUACUGUAAUGUCUACUCGCCGUUUAUAUCAGAACAAGCUGUCCAAGGAUUAUUACUUUGAUAAAAUGGUGAAAGAAUCCCUGGAUCUCGACGAAGAAAGAUUGGCAAUAUUAGACCACCUUGAAGCUCAGAAAAGAAGGGUUGAACGAGCAUACAAUAAAAGGGUAAAACAAAAGUCGUUUGAAAUAGGCGAUAUGGGCGAUCAACGGACAGUUUCUAAAAAAAUAUGUUCCCAGUUGUUGGGAGAACAUCGACCGAUGAUUGUUUGGAGCCAGCGAAGAGUGAUGCCUGCUGCAAACAUUUAUCGGACGUUCUAA